UAUUGUCACAACAUAAAGAUUGAGACAUUCUAGUGUAAUCUGCCUCUCUAUAAACAUGUGGAAAUGAUAAAUGAAAACAAAUAUUCUUGGGCACAUAGAAUGGAUCUCUCAGAACAACACAAGCGCAAACGAAUAUGUCAGUGCUCACAGAAAUUUAAGGGAAAUGUGAUGCCUGUGUCCCAGCCAGUGCGUGCUAAGAGUUUGUUACGCGCAAACUUAGAAAAUUCUCGCGGGCGACUUUUACAAAGCAGAAUGCCAAACAUCAAAGUCUUUAGUGGCACAUCGCAUCCAGAUUUGGCUCAACGUAUCGUUGACAGACUCGGUAUUGACAUUGGAAAAGUUGUCACGAAGAAAUUUAGUAACCUCGAAACAUGCGUGGAAAUAGGAGAAUCUGUUCGUGGAGAAGAUGUAUACAUUGUACAAAGUGGAAGUGGAGAAGUAAAUGACAACUUGAUGGAAUUAUUGAUUAUGAUCAAUGCAUGUAAAAUUGCUUCUGCAUCUCGAGUAACUGCUGUAAUUCCUUGUUUCCCGUAUGCAAGACAAGAUAAGAAGGAUAAGGGUGGUGAUGGACGUGACAACAGAAAUUCUAAGAAACAAAUUAUCAUGAAGUCAAACGAGUGGAAAUUCAGGGAUUUUGUGCCCGACCUCUCUACAAGUCGUGCGCCUAUUUCAGCAAAGUUAGUAGCAAAUAUGUUGUCAGUAGCAGGAGCUGAUCACAUUAUUACAAUGGAUUUGCAUGCUAGUCAAAUACAAGGAUUUUUUGACAUUCCAGUUGACAACUUAUUUGCUGAACCAGCUGUUUUGAAAUGGAUUAAAGAAAAUAUUAUAGAAUGGCGAAACAGCAUCAUUGUUUCUCCAGAUGCUGGUGGUGCUAAAAGGGUAACAUCUAUUGCUGAUCGAUUAAAUGUUGAAUUUGCUCUUAUACACAAAGAAAGGAAAAAGGCAAAUGAAGUUGCUAGUAUGGUAUUAGUUGGAGAUGUAAAAGACAGAGUUGCUAUUCUAGUAGACGACAUGGCCGACACUUGUGGCACUAUUUGUCAUGCAGCAGAAAAGCUUUUAGAAGCUGGAGCAACAAAAGUAUAUGCCAUUUUAACACAUGGAAUUUUCAGUGGCCCAGCAAUUAGUAGAAUUAACAAUGCAUGUUUUGAAGCUGUGGUAGUAACAAAUACCAUUCCUCAAGAUGGCCAUAUGCAGGAUUGUCCAAAGAUACAGUGUAUCGAUGUAUCAAUGAUGUUCGCUGAGGCUGUAAGGCGGACUCAUAACGGUGAAUCUGUAUCGUACCUGUUUUCAAAUGUACCGUAUUAGAUGAAAAUCUUCCUGAUAAUAUACUCUUUCAAACUAUGUAAGAAGAAUGUAAUCUUUUUACAUCCGUUUAUUGUUAUUCUUAGUUUAGUUUAAACUAAUUUGCCUAUAAAAGAAACUUGGGAUAAGCAUCAAUAUCCCAUUUUUAAUUUGGUAACUAUACAUAUUUUUUUUCGAUAGAAAUGUGUAGAAAGUAAAACAUUAAAUAGCUAAAACGUACUAUAUUGACCAUUUCGGAAAAAAAAAAAUAAGUUAAUAAGUAAUAUAUACAAAAAGAUUGUCACUUAAUAUGCAGAAUACAUCAUUUUCUCAUUUAGGACAUAUAGCUAUUAUAUUGUUUCACUUAAAUUGUAUAAUUUGUUAUUGCUAUAAAAUGUCGUAAUGAUCCUGACAGUUGUGUAAAACUGUAUGAGGACAAAGGGUAUCGUAACGAGUGCAAGUAGCCAUUUAUACGAGAUACAUACAUAUAUGUAUAAUUAAUUACGCCGUAGAGGCAUAUCUCAUUUUUUACAGACAUGUAAAAAUUUGCAAUAUGUAUGUACAAUUUAUCAACUGAUAAGCACGUCAGAAUAAUUAACUUUUACAGCUCUAAUAUGAUGUAUUAUAAUAUUCUAAUACACUGUGGACUACGUUGUAUACAAUAGAAAAAUGAUGUCAAAAAGACAUUGUAUUUUUUUCAAGUAUCUUUUACUACUACAGUUUUUAAAAAUUAAUGAACAAGUCGCUAUUUAUAUGAACAUAUUUCUAUUACCGGAAAAAAUGAUUGCCUCAUUUAAUAGAGGAAAGUGAUUUUAUAGUUAGCUUUGUAUCAAUAUGAUACAAAGAUAUAAAUCAAUAUAAAUACAGCAAUGUUUACAUGCAAAUUUUUCUUAAUUCGAUAAAAGAUGCUACCUGUUGAUGAAUUGGAUAUUAUAUUAAAUAUCUUUAAAAAAUGCAA